GCAGACUUCAUCCUAUUCACUCAAAACAUCUCGACUCUUGCAAUCUAUUGCUUGCGACGAUUGUGGCGCCGAGUCAUAUUAUGAACGCCUCCCCUCCGCGACUCCCAAUUCAACUCUCUCGCAGUUCUUCGUGCUGAACGUGAGCGCGGGACUUGAAGAUUUAGAUGUUGAAUGCUAAUUUUCCCUGCUGAAUUCCGGAGAGUAGAGUGAGGCCAAUCGAUUUCUUCGUUAAAGAUCCGAUUUUUGAUGGAUUUAGGGUUCCUUUUCCUGGAUCAGUCAUGGUCUCUGAUGCAGCUCCGUUCCCUUCUCUGUGCCUCCUUAGCCUUCUUGCUGCUGACGACUACUUUGGUCGUCGUUGCUGUCGACAACUCCCCCUAUUACAUGCCAAGAGACGACAUCCUCCUCAACUGCGGCGCCUCCGGCCAGGCAUCUAGCUUCGACGGACGAUCCUGGACCGGCGACACCGGAACCAGGUACGCCCCCUCCUUGAACGGCGACGGCUUCGAUGCUCUACGGAAAGAUCCAUCGGUCUCCACGGUCCCGUACUCGACCGCUCGGGUCUUCACUUCUCCCUUCACCUACCGCUUCCCUCUCAGCGCC